CUCCCAUUUCGUCUACUUCAACUGUGGCCGCAGAAUGCCCAGGAUCUGGAGACCGAUGAGGUCUUCGAGACAAACCCAAAACCACAAAUGAGAUGAUCCGCUUCGUCCACAUACUGAAUGUCCCCAACGAUGGUGCUGCUUCCACCUUCGAUCCAUACGGAAAUCGGCCUCAACGCCCCUCAAGUCUGGUAAGCGCCCAGGUGCAGCCUCGUGUCCCUGGCUUAGAAGCCCCAGCAGGGUCAACUUUCAUUCUUCUCGCUCCCGUGGAGGAACUAGACCCAGAUUUUAUGCCUGUGGAACUUUUUACACUCCCAGCUGGGCUGUCAGCACCUUACAAGGUUAAAGCCCCUCGCUUUCCGGCAAAAUCGAUGGCCCAGCUGCGAAAUAAGACACAGCUUUGGCCAUGCCUGUACUCUCCCAAGCCCCUUCGACCCGCGGAAACCCGGAAAUGGCUACCAGAUGAGGUUCGGUGGGUUCGACAAUGCAUGAGUAAAGUGCAGCUAGAAGCCAAGCGUGCUCAACAACGUGGAGAGUUAGGGAUAGCCACAUAUGUCUCCUGCUUCGAAGACCCGUCUAUCGGUUUCUUAGCAAGUGAUAUGAGGCGCUCGAUGCGUCAUCCCCUCCGUCAUUCUGUCCUCAACGCAAUACGCUCUGCAGCCUACUACCAAGCCUCUUUCAUACCCAAUUCUGAUACCUCCAUGAAUAGGACAGCUGAUGCAAUGGUUGGAAGCCCGACAGCUUCAAAUGGGACUCGAAACGUUCCGUACCUCCUUACGUCCUUGACUCUGUUCACGACACACGAGCCUUGUAUCAUGUGUUCCAUGUCUCUGGUUCAUUCGCGCGUGUCUCGAGUUUUUUUCUCCAAGCGGAUGAAGACCGGAGGAUGCGGUGGAUGUGCUGGCGCUGCAGUAGUUAGUUUAGGUGGAAUUAACCAUCGCUACGAAGUGUAUGAGUGGACAUUGGAGGAUGCCGAUGGGGACAAUGUAGAUGUUGAUACAAUCGAUGCGUGAGGAGUGGAAGCAGAGGUGCGAAUGGAAGAUUUGUUAUUCAUACAUAUUUGUGCAUCUCGUGCAAUCGACGCGAAUAUAUCCACCCACUAUGCCAAAUUCCCAGCCCCGAAGCCACCUUUGCCCGCCGCCAAUUCCGCCCCGAGUUUGUACCCAGUGACCUAAUGGAAGCCGUCAAGCCAGAAUUAUCCUCGUUGAAUCUGCUCACCUUAUCCCAGUCUAACUUCUGUCUUGUGAGGGGUAAUGCUCGUCUAAGGCUCUUAAAGGUCUUCUCUCCCAUUUCGGUGUACGCAUCAUUCAG